AUGUCUCGCUCCGACGAGACACUGGUCGCCGCCUCAGAUAUCCUGAGGGGCCUGGCUAGGGGUGCUGGUCCAUCGCCCGCGAGUACCGACAAAGCCUCGUUCAAUGGCCUGAACCUCCCUCCGUACAAUCUGCCGGGGCCUGAUACAGCCGAAAAAGAGAUAUUUGAAGCCGAGUUGACUGCUUUGGCCCAACGGAUCCAUUAUCUUGAGUCUCGGGCUGAGCUUGUUGGCAAAUCACUUCCUGACACGCCUGGCGAAUUUCAAAGUCCCGCCUCACCCUUGUCCAAGCCAAUCGAGAAUGGCUCCGAAGUACAUCCCAUGCGCUCAGAGCGACAUCCAUCAAUAACGAACCGCUCGAGACGUGUCAACAAUCUGCUUGCCGCCCGGAACCUCGAUGCCGAUCGAACUGUGAGCGAGGAAGACAUCAGCGUUCUUCGCGACCAUGUCGAGAAGCAGGCGGAUCAGAUCAAGAGUCAGCGCGAGACCAUUGCUGAGAUUAGUCAGGGUCUUCGAAAUUCAGAAGAGCAAGCCAAGCAGGCCUUUCAGCGAGUCGAGAAUGAGGAUGUUGGCAUGCUUGAGAGAGAAUUACGCAAACACCAACAAGCCAACGAGGCUUUCCAGAAAGCCCUCCGCGAAAUUGGUGGCAUCGUCACGCAGGUCGCAAGAGGCAACUUGUCGAACCGUGUACAAAUCCAAGCAACAGAAAUGGAUGACGAAAUUGCGACGUUCAAAAAGACCAUAAACACCAUGAUGGAUCAACUCGAGAUGUUUGGCAGUGAAGUCUCUCGAAUGGCAAGAGAAGUCGGAACUGAAGGCAUAUUGGGUGGUCAGGCUCAAGUCAGAGAAGUUCAAGGUAUCUGGAAAGAGCUGACAGACAAUGUCAAUGUCAUGGCCGCCAACCUGACAGCGCAGGUACGAGAAAUCGCCACGGUCACAAAAGCCGUUGCCCAGGGCGAUCUGAGUCAAAAGGUUCACAAUCGAGCACAAGGCGAAAUCUUUGAUCUUCAACAGACCAUCAAUACCAUGGUGGAUCAGCUGCGCAUGUUUGCGACCGAGGUCACUCGUGUCGCCCGAGACGUCGGUACUGAAGGCGUCCUUGGCGGACAAGCCGACAUACCGGGUGUGCAAGGAACCUGGAAUGAAUUGACCAACAGUGUGAAUGCCAUGGCUGAUAAUUUGACGUCGCAAGUGCGAGACAUUGCCAUGGUCACGACGGCUGUUGCCAAAGGAGACCUGACUCGAAAAGUUACAGCCAAAUGCCGCGGUGAAAUUCUGGAACUCAAGGUCACCAUCAACAACAUGGUGGAUCAGUUGCAGCAAUUUGCCCAGGAAGUCACCAAGAUUGCUAAAGAAGUCGGCACAGACGGUGUCCUCGGGGGCCAGGCGACUGUCCACGACGUCGAGGGAACAUGGAGACAUCUAACCGAGAACGUCAAUGGCAUGGCCAUGAAUCUAACAACUCAAGUGCGAGAAAUUGCCGCCGUCACCACUGCCGUUGCAAAUGGCGAUCUCUCAAAGAAGGUACAGGCCGAUGUCCAAGGAGAGAUCCUGGACCUGAAGAUGACCAUCAACUCAAUGGUGGACAGACUCAAUACCUUUGCUUUUGAGGUCAGCAAAGUCGCCCGGGAGGUCGGCACAGACGGAACCUUGGGUGGCCAAGCUACAGUCCAUAACGUCCAGGGCAAAUGGCGCGAUCUGACUGACAACGUCAACAUUAUGGCUUUGAACCUCACCAAUCAAGUGCGGAGCAUUUCGUACGUUACCCAGGCUAUCGCUGCUGGUGAUUUGUCCAAGAAGAUCGAAGUUGAAGCGCAAGGCGAGAUCCUGUUAUUGAAGGAGACGAUCAACAACAUGGUCUCACGCUUGGCACAAUUUGCGUACGAACUACGGAGAGUCGCUCGAGACGUGGGUGUGAAUGGCAAAAUGGGUGGUCAAGCCGAUGUCCAAGAUGUAUCCGGUCGUUGGCGAGAGAUCACGGAGGACGUCAACACCAUGGCCGAGAAUUUAACAGCUCAGGUCAGGGCUUUUGGUGAGAUCACUGAUGCGGCCACCGAGGGCGACUUCUCCAAACUCAUCAGCGUCAAUGCGUCUGGUGAGAUGGAUGACCUGAAGCGGAAAAUCAACCAGAUGAUUUCCAACCUUCGCGACAGCAUCCAGAGAAACACAGCUGCAAGAGAAGCAGCUGAAUUGGCGAAUAGGACCAAGUCUGAGUUCCUUGCCAACAUGAGUCACGAAAUCAGAACGCCGAUGAACGGCAUCAUCGGCAUGACACAGCUAACGCUCGAUUCCGACGACCUCAAACCUCAUCCACGAGAAAUGCUCAAUACUGUGCAUAAUCUGGCUAACAGCCUGCUGACCAUCAUCGAUGACAUUCUGGAUAUUUCGAAGAUUGAAGCCAAUCGUAUGGCCAUUGAGGCGAUCCCUUACACUGUGAGGGGUACCGUCUUCAACGCAUUAAAAUCUCUGGCUGUCAAAGCACACGAGAAGUCGUUAAUUCUGGCAUUUGAUGUGGAUAAUUCGGUGCCGGAUUAUGUCGUCGGCGACCCAUUCAGACUACGGCAGAUCAUCCUCAACUUGGUGGGCAAUGCCAUCAAAUUCACCGAUCAAGGUGAGGUCAAAGUCACCAUCCGGAAGUCCAACGAGCUCCUGGGUAAUUGUGGGCCUGACGAAUUUCCGUUCGAGUUCAUCGUGUCGGAUACUGGCAUAGGCAUCCAGUCGGAUAAACUUGAUCUGAUCUUUGACACCUUCCAACAGGCGGAUGGAUCAACGACUAGGAAGUUUGGCGGCACCGGCUUGGGUCUCUCCAUUUCCAAACGCCUUGUGAACCUCAUGGGUGGCAAUGUAUGGGUGACAUCGGAUUUUGGUCAAGGAAGCGAGUUCCACUUCUCUUGCAUCGUCAAACAUGCGGCCGAGGAUAUCAGCGUCAUCAGCUCGCAGCUGUGGCCGUUCCGCAAACAUCGAGUACUGUUCGUGGAUAAUGGCGAGACGGCAUUCUCGGAACAGAUCCCCGGCAUGAUUGCCGAGCUUGGUCUGCAACUGCUGGUAGUGAACGACGCGGCCGAUGCCCCAGAGCCGGAGCCUGUUAAGCGCGGCAAAACUACCGAGAUUGGCUACGACGUUAUCAUCAUCGACAAUCUCGAAACGGCGAGAACACUCCGGGCACAGGAAAAGUUCAAAUACAUUCCAUUUGUACUGCUCAGCGCGUCCGUGGCCAUCAGCCUCAAGACUGUGCUGGAUAUGGGUAUUGCUUCGUAUAUGACAACGCCUUGCCAGCUCAUCGAUCUCGGCAAUUGCAUGAUUCCAGCUCUCGAGGGACGCAGUACACCGCUGAUCAAAGACUACAAGAAAUCAUUCAACGUGCUACUGGCUGAAGACAACGAGGUCAAUCAGAGAGUAGCCAUCAAGAUUUUGGAGAAAUACAACCAUGUUGUGACUGUGGUGGGCAAUGGGUUAGACGCAUUCAACGCCAUCAAAACGCAACGAUUCGAUGUGGUGUUGAUGGAUGUGCAAAUGCCGGUCAUGGGCGGCUUCGAGGCCACGCGCGAGAUCCGACAGUAUGAAAAGGACAACAGCUUACCCCGAACGCCGAUCAUUGCGUUGACCGCGCACGCCAUGUUGGGCGACCGAGAGAAAUGCAUCCAGGCUCAGAUGGACGAAUACCUAUCCAAGCCACUGAAACAGAAUCUGCUGAUGCAGACAAUACUCCGCGUGGCAUCCGAUGGAGUGACGGCCAUGUUUAACAAGCAUGCCCGCACCAAAUCGAAUUCGACAGGGGUCAACACGGCCAAUGCAGCCAAAGAACAGGAAGCGUUGCAAAGUGCGCGAAUGCUCGAGCUGCCUGCACCGCCUCCUCCGAUGUCACCAACAAGACCGAACUACUCGGAGAGAUCGGUAACGACAACGGGUCCGGUGCAUGGGCUAGAAAGUCCAUCGGUCAACACGGACGGCCAGCCAGACCCAAUGUCGAGCGCGGUCAAUAAUGUGAGGACAUAUUACAAUCGAAACCUCUCGUACUGA